AUGUUUCAGCUCACUUGGCAACAUCGCACCGAGUAUCUUUCAUGUUAUGAUAGAUGUCUGUGCCGUCAAAUAUUUAGUACGGCUUGUGCGUGUUUAGUGGAGAUAUCGCUGACCAAAGCUGAGUGGUUGACAAGUGUCCCCCGCGCGACCUUCUACGUUGUUAAAUUAUUAUUAAGGUGUUGUUGUACUGUGGCAAAGUAG